GCCGGCACCUACUGUCACGCGAACCUCAAAAUUUAAUAGGCGACAUGUCCAACAACUCGGUAAUUCUCAGGUAAAAUUCGCCGUUCAGGCUUUAGGACCCCACAAUGAACAAGUCAAGUUCGCUAUAUUUAGAUAACCCAUGGAGCGAUGUCACCAGCAAACUGCAUUUGGCCAAGAAAAAGCUAGCUCCGGUAAUCAAAAACCUCAUGGAAUCGUCUAGCGGAGACAGUGAUCAUCCUUCUAUCACUGUGGACGAGUACUCAGAUGCAGUAUGGGCCGCUGAAAUCUUGGCAGAAGUCGAAGAAACGCUGGAAAAAUCAAAACGAAAAAGACACAUGAAACUUCCCCAUAACAUUAACACAAAAUUUGACUUUCCUACUAAAGUAGUAGCAGUAAACGAAUUAGGCAAAGUGUACGUCGACACUUCGGUCUUGGUACAACUCAUUGAACUCCACCAAUCACUUGGUGCUAUCAUCAAGAACAUCAAUGAAGGAAGGUACAACCGAGAUAAUCUCCCAAAGAAAGAGAAAAAGAAGAAUAGCAUCUGUUUGAAAGUAGUGGAGGAUCAACUCGACAAGACGCAAUAUUUGAAUAUGGAGGAAAACAAUAGAAGUUGCAAUAAGGUGGGCAAGCGCAUUGUCGUGAUGACGGCCAACGUUGUCUCUGAUAAUAGGACCCCGGAAGAUCCUGAUACGAGAAAGACAAAAUCAACUGAUUCGAAUGGUCUCCAUGAAAAUAUGCUAACAAUAGAGUGAAAAAGAAAGAAUCAAGUAUUAUGUGUUUUUGAGAAUUCGUAUACCUAUUUGACUCGAACAAUUCAAGGACGGGAUAAACGAUGUAUCAACUGAAGAAUAUAUCUUCUUAGAGCAAAUUCAAUUUCCUUGUCUAUUAAAGCGGUCGAGGUACUAGUUGCAAUACUUUCAUUUUCUACAAAGUUCUCUAUAUGACAGAUCUUCAACAAAAGUAGAUUCAGCCGGUGCAAGAAAAAUCAUCAUAAACUGUAUUGCUGAUUUAGAUAAAGUAAAGGAGUUUUUGGAAAGUGAUACAGAUCGUUCCCGCCACACAAGCCAGAAAUCUGUUUCAGAAAGUCAAAAAUCUGAUUCGAGGUACUCCCAAAGAGGUGAGACCAGUGAAGAUCCGCAGACGGUGUCUGGAGAAGGUUCGAGCAGCGCGCAGGAGAUCCUUUUGGAAGAGAGCGAUCUGAACUCCAGCAAAAUAGUAAUCUGCAUCAAAGGACAGAACGAAGAGGAUCUGCAGAUUGUGAUCAGACAAUGUCCGGAGUGCAAGCAGAACAACAUCGAACCUGCUCCUCAACCACAACUUCAACCUCAACCUUUAGCAAUAGCAGUACCACCACCGCCACCACCUCCUCCCCCAGCUAGGGUCCUGCCCCCCAGACAACCCUCAAUACGAUUCUCAAAUUCUAAUGUUAACGUGCCGCCUGACGGUGAUCCAUCGUCGUUGAGGGGUCGUGAAGUCGUCAUGGUGCAAGGUGGUGGUGCCGGAUCAGAUUCGGAAUCGACAGAGAAGACCAGGUUGAGCAUGUUAUUCAACGUACAAGACCCUACAAAAUCAAUCGUGGACUGUGUUCCGAUUAACAUGUAUGACCCACACCAGGUUUGCAUUAGAACCGACGGAGGAGAAGAACUGUUGCUCACUUUGACGGUAGCGCCGAAGAAUCCAACAUCGCCACCGCCUCCGGGUCCACUGCCAAGGAACAGAGACACUCAAAUUAGGUCCGAUGCCAGUUCUCAAAAAUACAACGUUUAGCAUACGAUAGUACACACGGAUUGUACAAAGAAUACGAACACGAGUAAAUCUCCAUAUCCGACAUCGGUUCUCAAAAAAACAACGUUUUCUAUUCGAUGGUAAAAACGGACUGUAGAUGCGAGCCGCACCUACGUACGGACUGUAGAUGCGAACCAAUGUGACCACUAAGCCAUGCCUCACCGAUGUACCUCUUUUAAGGCAGAACAACGGCCCCACGCUAGAGGCAACACCGAAAGAAUCGCCAGAAACUCCAGGAGAAGCAGCUCCAACUUUUGAAGAAGUGGCCGGUGACCAGCCAUUCAGUGUGGGGGAUAUCUUCAGUGAGGCAUCGGUGAAGAAUGCUCCCUCGGAAGCAGAAGCUAUUUCUAACGAUGAGCUACUUAUUCCGCUCUACAGGACCAAGGUCUGCUCCUCAUUGCAAUUGGACGUGGAGAGAUUACCAUCUCGAAUGCGUCACGAGGGAAUUGUUCAUGAAGACAAAUCUAUUUCAAUGCACUUCAACAAACUGGGCGUAGAUAAGAUCCUCAGAGCUUCUAGACCUGUGAAAUGCGCACGAAAGGCAGUCCUAAACGAGACAUCGAAAAAAAGCAUUCCCUAUUCCCCAAGCCUGAAGUCGUUACCCUUGGUAGAGGCAGAUUUAGACAUUAUCAACCAGUCUUUGGAGAUGAGCGUUACCAAGAGUCGUUCUUCAACUGUCUAUAUAAGAAAGCCAGCCAUUUCUAAGAUCGAUCGUUAUAGUAAUGUCAGACAAGUAUAUUACUUUCACGUCCACGUCCGCGUCCCCAUAGAAGCAAAACAAUUCCUGAUCAAGAAAAAACUGCAAUACUAUAUAUUCUUGAACAGCGACCUAGAUCAAGCUAAAGACCCCUUAGCGCAAAUUUUCGACAUCCAUAGCUGCAAAAAGCCAAAAAUCGACCAAGCAACGAACAGCGAUAUUAAGGGUGUGGUAUUCUAUGACAAAAUCGAGAAGAAACGACUCAUCAGACUUUUGCCUUCAGUCAGGGAGGAUAAGGAUGUAUUUACCAUGAAGGAGAGCAAGAUGGAGUGCAAAAGGAAACGGAAAAUACUUCCUAGUAGGAUACCGAUUUAUAAGUACAGGAGAAAAGGACAGUGUGCUUCCGAACUCCAAUUAUCUAAAGGAGAAAUCUCAACAUUUCCUCAGGACAGUAUGCAAGACUGGCUGAUGGAUGUGCAGUAGGUACUUUAGGAGACACGUCUGUGAUGGUAACAGCCGUUUCAAAAACAAAACCAACUCAGGCCAAUUUUUUACCUCUUGUUGUAGAUUAUAGACAAAAAUUAGCAGCUGCUGGUAGGAUACCAACAAAUUUUUUUAGGAGAGAACUAGGUCCCACAGAGCGGGAAAUAUUAACCUCCCGACUCAUAGACAGAAGUCUGCGUCCCUUAUUUCCAGAUGGUUACAAUUAUGAAACUCAAAUAAUAUGUAAUAUGCUAGCUGUGGAUGGGGUUCACAACCCAGAUGUGAUCUCCAUAAAUGCUGCCUCAGCUGCUUUAAGUUUAAGCGACAUACCUUGGAAUGGGCCCAUAGGGGCAGUUAGAGUAGGAUUUAUUGAUAAUGAGGUUAUCAUCAAUCCAACUAGAAAAGAACUUCAACUCUCCUCACUAAAUCUUGUGAUUUCUGCUACUAAACGAAACCUUGUAGUCAUGUUAGAAGGUAGUGCUAAUGAUAUACUUCUGCCUGAUCUGCAAAAAUCUAUCAAAACCGGUACCAAAGAAGCUCAACACAUCAUAAACGAAAUCGAAAAAUUACAAAAAACAUUUGGAAAACCAAAGAGAGAAAUGGAAAAACCUCCUGAGCUGUCAGAAGAAGCUCUGGAAGCUCUAAGGUCUAUGACAGAAAUGAGGGUUAAAGGAAUAUUCAAAAACUAUACUUAUGAUAAAUUAGGGAGAGAUCAAGCUCUGCAAGAGGUGAGAAAUGGUGUUGUAGAAGCAGUCAAGCCUACAUUCCCAGAUAUUGAUCCCAACUUAAUAAAUGAAGGGUAUAAUAAGAUCGUUAAGAAGAUAUUUAGGGAUGUUAUUUUUGAAGAGGCAAGAAGGUGUGAUGGUAGAGAGUUUAAACAAUUGCGUGAUAUUUCUUGUAAAGUCAAUUUGUAUAAACCUCUGCAUGGUUCGUCUGUGUUUCAAAGAGGACAGACGCAAGUGUUUUGUACUGUCACUCUCGAUUCUCACGAGAGUGCCAUGAAGUUAGAUCCACUCAGCAUGUUAGUGAGUGGUGUUAAGGAGAAGAAUUUUUUCGUUCACUAUGAAUUUCCACCAUUUGCGACCAAGGAAAUAGGAAGAAUUGGACCUAUUGGUAGAAGAGAAAUGGGACAUGGAGCUUUGGCAGAGAAAGGAUUAAUGCCAGUUUUGCCUCAUGAUUAUCCAUUUACAAUUCGUCUAACUUCGGAAGUUCUGGAAUCAAAUGGCUCUAGUUCUAUGGCUACUGUGUGUGGAGGCAGUUUGGCUCUAAUGGAUGCAGGUGUUCCAAUCAUCAGUCCAACAGCAGGAGUGGCCAUAGGUCUUGUUACAAGAUAUGAUGCGCAGGAAAAGGACAUUGAAAACUACCAAAUUCUUACAGACAUCCUAGGAAUAGAAGACUACAUGGGAGAUAUGGAUUUCAAAGUUGCUGGUACAAGAAAGGGAAUUACAGCCUUACAGGCAGAUAUAAAAAUACCAGGUCUUCCGCUAAAAAUUGUUAUGGAGUCUCUCCAACAAGCCGUGGAUGCCAAAUCUAGUAUUAUAAACAUAAUGCAUGAAUGUAUCGACAAACCUAGGGAACAAAAGAAAGAAAACUGGCCGGUAUGUGAAAAACUGGAAGUGGAAGCUCACAAACGAGCUCGCCUAUUGGGAGUUGGUGGAUACAACUUGAAGAAAUUGUAUGCAGAAACGGGAGUUCAGGUCUCCCAAGCAGACGAUACGGCAUUUCAGAUUUUCGCGCCAAGUCAACAUGCCAUGGAUGAAGCUAAGGAGAUCAUCGAAAAACUCCUAGCAACUGAAAAAGCGCCGGAGUUAGAGUUUGGAGGGAUUUACAAGGCGACCGUAGUCGAGAUAAGAGAUAUCGGUGUAAUGGUCACCUUGUAUCCUGGAAUGCCACCUGCGUUGUUGCAUAAUUCGCAGUUGGAUCAAAGAAAGAUAGCCCACCCUUCUGCCUUAGGCCUGGAAGUUGGUCAAGAGAUUCAGGUGAAAUAUUUCGGAAGGGAUCCAGUAUCAGGACUGAUGAGGUUAUCCAGAAAAGUUCUACAAGCUAUGCCCAGAUAGUAAAUAAUGUUGAGUGUUAAUAAAAGGUUUUAACUCCUUAUUUUUGUUAAUUUUUGUAUAAAAUACAUAAUCAUGAAAUAAAUAUACGUGAUUAUGAUUUUAAUUGCAAAA